AUAAACGGAACAGCGGUUAGGUAAUAUCACAAUCACUCAUAUUUAAUUAUAUUACGGGUGUUUGUAUCUAAGGGUGGAUUCGUCCAAACACGAGUAUAUAUUAAUCUCAGAAUAAAUUCGACAUUUUGACAUAAUUAUUUCCCAUACUAAAACUGUCAAUGUGCCAGUUAUACCAGGAGUUAUUCUCGGAUCAAAGUUUGGUCGAAUCGGGCCUAAAUGUACUUAAUUUACUCUCACUCAUCCAUAUUUGAUACAUGAAUGAAUGGGUGCUUGUGUUGUAACUGUAUGUAACCAUACCGUGUCCCUCUGCAGAGAUUUGUCGUAUAUCAAUCUACCUGAUGCAAUGCACGCUGCAACGAAGCAAGGUCAAUUGAUAAGAAAUUGCUCUUCCGGUAUGUCACACCAAACCAGGAUGUUAUUUUUCUAAUGCUCUAAAAGUGCGUAACAUAUACUCUAAUUGUAAGUACAUCUUACCUACUCCUCAGUAUACAAAUUCUUGCAAAUGCGAACAAUCAUUUUAGUGCUUUGAAAGAGAAACGAACAAAAAAUAAGUGUUGCUUAAGCUUUGUUAUAAAUCGCCGCAACAAACUCUGUCACCAUCACCACUGUCUGCCGGUUAAAUAGUGGGAUUUGGAAAUUAAACCCAGUCCUACACGCGAAUCGAGAGUUCCAACUCUUAACCACGGAGCAGUAGGAACUCGGAAAUGCCAUGAAGUAAAAAAUAUAUCACGUGCUUGGAAAUAACUCUGUGAAAAAAAAAGAUCUUUAAAAAUCCCGCACCUCGCAGUAUAAUGUUUUAGCGAUAGAAUUUAAUUUUACAUGUUUUAAGAACUUAUUUACUUGCUAGAAUAAAUUUUAAUCCGUAACCUAAUUCAAAUAGGCAAACAGGAGACAUUUCCUAGCAUUGCAUUGCAAUACAAUAGGAUCAUUUGGUGCCGUAUAGAGUAAUAAUCGCGCGCGAAAUCAAGGCCAAUUUAUGGUUCGAAGGGCGGGCGGGCGUAUCACGAACCCACGGGCAGUCAGUCGCUCCGCUCGCGUCCCGUGCCGCUGCCCGCGCCCCACGCCUGGCUGCGAUGCUGCGAACGUGCUGCUUGCUGCUGCUCUGUAUAGCAGGCAGCCGACAACUGUCUAUUACGGAGUUUGCCGUGCCGAGUGCCGUCGAGGCCGGGAAGAAUGCCGAGUUCCAGUGCCGGUACACCGAAACGGAACCGAUCGACUACAUCAAGUGGUGGUGGACGCCGCUCUACGUGCCCAGCGAUGACAGGAACCGAGUCCUUCUGUACCAACGUCUGCAGGGCCAGCCUGCCGAGCUAGCACGGAAGAAUAUUGAGGGGAAAGACAAUGACGCUAUCCUGUUAAUGGACCUGGAACCAACCGACUCCGGGAUCUACGAAUGCGAAGUAUCUGGUGUAGCGGAGGUUCGCAAGCAUCAAGAUUUGAUUGUCUUUUCAAAUGCCACCGACAUGCAUUUGAAUACAACGACACUGGUUGACGAGAUGUACCCCGACCGGUCGGAAGAGGAGGUGCUGGUGGAGUGCGCGGCGACCGGCGCCUCGCCGCAGCCGGAGCUCGCGAUCUAUGUCAACGGGGAAGAAAUCGUCAAUUUAACGCAGUUUGUUUCUGGCGGCGAGGCCGGAUUCUACAGCGUGUACGCCAACGCAACCGUCAGCAAGGAGGAACUUGAAGACUCCGAGAUUCACUGCGAACUGUUCUUCGAGAACAGGAACAUUACUCAUCCUCCCUACGUCGUCAAACUACUGUAUUCGUCAGGCGCUGGCUGGUCUACGACGGAGGCGCCCGAAGACACGACCCUCUCAGAAAUGGCAUCCGAAUUGCAAAACAACGGCGUCAGUGGUCUUCACGCAUGCUUAUGGAUCGUAAAUGUGGCAGUCAUAUUACAAUUGUAUUUUCAUGUUAUUUAUUGAACUCAUGAUGUGAUACUAAUAUAAUAAUUUACCAUGUUAUGGUUAUUCAGUAUUAAUUCUAAUAAACUUUUGAUUACUUAUCUAA